AUGGCCGUGCAGAGGCUAGUGGCGGCAGCGGUGGCGGUAGCCCUGCUGUCCCUGGUCCUAAAUAAUGUUGCAGCCUUCACCCCCAGCUGGGUACUGCAGGCCCUUGAGGACGGACGCAAGCGGAGUGUAGGACUAUGGAGAAUGUGCCCCAAUGGUGGGGAAAGGGGCCGCGAUGAUCUCCAGGCUGGGAGAAGGGGGCAUGGGACACAGAGGCAGUGCGAAAGUCUGGGAUGGGGCUCUGACUAUGCAGGCUACCAAGAAUCCCGCAGCACUGUCAGAUUGCAGUUUGACAUGAUGCGGGCGUGUAACCUGAUGGCGACUGUGGCCCUGACUGCCGGUCAGCUGAUCUUCCUUCUAGGCCUGAUGGAGCUGCCCUUUAUUACACAGGAAUCACAGUGGUGGGAGGAGGCCAUUGCAGCACUCUUCCAGCUAGCUAGUUUCGUGCUGGUGAUUGGACUUGUGACCUUCUACAGGAUCGGGCCCUACACACACUUGUCCUACUCCUGCUACUUGGACAUAGCUGCUUGCCUGCUAGCCACGAUGGCUGCGGCCAUGCUCAUCUGGAACAUUUUACAUCGCCGCGAUGACUGCCUUGCACCUCGAGUUAUAAUCAUCAGUCGCUCACUGACAUCACCUUUCCACCCACGCCUGGACAAUGACUAUGUGGAGUCGCCUUGUUGAGCCAAGUGACUUCAUAAGCCAAGCAAAAAAAGGACAACAGACAACUCUGACAAGACUGUGCUCUCAGCGUUUCAUGUUUUACUCCAGCUAGGAGCCUCCAAUGUCACAUUCAAGAGAAGAGGGAAUUCAUGUGGCCCUACAACAGCUGGACUAACAUGUACCUGCAUUUGUAAAACUCUAUAUUUUACAACUUCUCCCACCAUAAACAAAGAUAUCAGAAUUUUUGAGUUUGCUGCUCAGUGCACAAAAGUCACAGAAUUAACUAAAAUGUAUGUAUAAAGCAGCCCUAAACUACCAAACACAUUCAAAACCGUAUGAUAUUUCAUUUAUUCAUGCUUGGGUGAGCUGAUUUGUAGCUAUAUAUGGAAUUUGGACGAGGACUGUCUUAUAUGAAACAUCCUGCUUAUUCAAAGAUCAAGCUGGAACUUGACCUGUUUUGUUAUAUGUGCACUUAUUAAGUGGCCUCCUGCAUAAUUAUAAAUUGGAAAUUAUAAAGGAUGUUGAAAACGUAACACCAGAAUACCUCAUAUUUGUUUUCAUUCAUUUUGAGCUUAUUACAAUUAUAAUACAUUUUAAUAUUAAUGAUAUAUGUUGCAAGUAAGUAAACUAACAAGGUAAAAGCAAGAGUCACUCUGCCUUUUUGGUUGGGCUUACCCAACUCAGUGACAAUAUUUUAUUUUAAAACAGCCAAUGAGGUGAUAUUUUGAUCAAAUAAACGCACCUACUGAAAAGAGGAAAUAUUUUCACUCUAACUCUCUUUAAAUUAGUCAUAGCCACAUUAAUAUUUUUCCUCUUGAACAAAUGAAAAUAAAAAGAGAAAUGACCUGCCAA